CUUUUUCGCUAUCUGCUCGGGUAGUUCCGGCGGCCUCUCCUUCAAUUCAACCCAUGGCCUGCAAAUCUCUGGCUCCACACAGAUUUUGUAACUUCCCUGCUAUCUCUUUCAUCUGCGAUGCUUCCAUGUUUCUCCGGACGAGGUUUCCAACAACAUCUACAUUUCGGCCAACAGUUCACCGCUCAAUAACUUUCGCCUCGGGUUCUGUAUCGGUCGCCAGCAGCAGCUUCACUUGGGAAGACGCUCUCCACAUUUCUUUGCCAGAAAGCUUUCAGGAUGAUCCCUCAGAUCUGACGGGUUACUUCGAGAAGGUCAAGCUCUGCAAUCGCGGAUCAGAUAUGCAAUCCGAGUUUCUUCCGUUUGUCAUCGAUAACCAAAUUAUUGGUUACGUGCACCACGGUUUCGCCGAACACUUGAAGAAGUAUGCGAAUGUGUUUACCUUCCCCCAAGAUGAUUCUGUUCAAUGUGGCGCUUACUUAACCUUGAAUGAAUCUUUGACGACACCCGAAGAUAGGACGCGUGGGGUUGGAGAUGUAGUCAAAUGCUUGGGCGAAGAAGUUAUUCCAGGUACACGGAAUGAGCUAUACCCUGUAACUUCGUCCUUUGGUGCACCGGUUUUUUUCUCGCUUGAACGUGCUGCAGCUCCUUAUUUUGGAAUAAAGGUUUAUGGAGUUCAGAUGAAUGGUUAUGUUGAGAGGGAUGGACAAAAGUUUUUGUGGAUAGCAAAACGAAGUCAAAUGAAGCAAACUUUUCCUGGAAUGUUGGAUGAAUUAGUAGCUGGAGGGCUGCCUCAGGGUGUUCCUUGUGGGGAAAAUCUGAGGAAGGAAUGUGAGGAGGAAGCAGGCAUACCAAGAUCAAUAUCGAAUAAGGCCAUAUCAGUUGGUGCCGUUUCCUAUUCAGACAUCAAGGAUUAUAGUUACAAGAGAGAUGUUCUAUUUUGUUACGAUUUAAAGCUUCCUGAAAGCUUUGUACCGAAGAAUCAAGAUGGGGAGGUUGAAGGAUUCAGGUUGUUGCCCGUGGAAAACGUUGCAAAUGUGAUACGGAGGACACAGUUAUUCAAACCUAAUUGUUCUCUUGUCAUCAUUGAUUUCCUGUUUCGACAUGGGUGCAUUAAGCCCGAAAGUUUGGGGUACCUGGAGCUACUACAAAGUUUGAAGAGUGGAACUUGCUUCUGAAUAAAUUCAUUCGCCCUACUCCAUGAGAGGAAUCGGGUCAAUCUUAUUAAACAUCGAACUUGGAUGGUUUAUACUGUCUGUUGUUUAGCCAGAAUUUGCUCGAUCAGUAGGUGUAUUUGUGAAGACAAACAAACUGGCCUUACAUGGCCGUAGAAUAUAAAAUUAGUUUCAUCAUUUUAGUACCACAUUUUAUCCGUAUUGACCCAAUUGAACUUUGAAACAAACA